UCGAGGUCAUCCAUUGCUGGACGAUUGAAGAGUCACGUGUUUGUGCACUAAUCCAGAUUCGGCUAGCCCAAAGCCCAGCCAUCCCAAAUCAACACAGAAUCUCCUCCCCACCACCAAGAUUCGUCCCACUACCACCCACAACCCUCAUUCACCCUUCGCUUUCAUUGUCCCUACAGUCUUGGAACAUUCGCGACCACAUUGUUCUAGUGAACCUCGAACAACGACGACGCGACUCCAAGUUCCGCGCCCGGCUUCGAUUUUCGACGCGCCCUCCCAUAUCAACAACACAUCGCAUGCGCGUUUGCAUUACACCAUCAUCAACACUUGCUCGUCACCAACCGAGUACGUCGCCGCUUGGCGCAACACCUUUGCUAUUGCUCCUGAGAUACCCUCAUCAUCAUGUUCUACUCAGAAACUCUCCUGUCGAAGACGGGCCCGCUGGCGCGAGUAUGGCUCUCGGCCAACUUGGAGCGGAAGCUGUCGAAGAACCACAUUCUACAAGCCAGCGUCAAGGACAGCGUCGAGGCCAUUGUUGCACCAAAUCAGGCACCUAUGGCUCUUCGACUGAGCGGCCAGCUCUUGCUUGGUGUAGCCCGAAUCUAUAGUCGAAAAGCGCGUUAUUUACUGGAUGACUGCAAUGAGGCGCUUAUGAAGAUUAAGAUGGCAUUCCGACUCUCCGGCAACAACGAUAUUCCAGCUGGCCUCCAUAUGCCAUCUCGCGAUGCUCUCAUGCUCCCCGACGUGCUCACUGAAGGCGAUAACCUCGAGAUGCCCCCUAUGCCCGACGCGUCGUUCCUUUUAUCGCAAAUGGAUGACGACUCACACCUACGCAAGCACCGAGCCGGCAGUCGUGAUAUCAACUUGCAGGAGGAUUUCAAUGGAAGCCAAUUUCUACAAAACAGUAUCGAAAACCAAAACGAUGACCUCGCCCUUGAGCCGAUGGAUGACCUGGACUUGGGACUUGACUUUGGACUUGAUCUCGAUGACUUCAACCCAAAGGCUGAUCGCAGCCUCGAAGUUGGCCGAGACGCGCCGACUGCCCGUGCUGUUGAGGAGGAUGUGUUCAGCGAAUUGGAUGUUCAAGUACCAGCGAAGGAUAACGUCGACCACGGAGAACGAGACACUUCCCUCAACCUUGGCUUUGAAGGAGAUGAUAACAUUCGGAUGGGAGACGAUGAUGGAGAUAUUGACAUGUUCAACUUCGGAGACGAUGUUACUGCACUUCCACCAGCUCCUAUUAUCCGCCCCGGCAGAAUUUCCGAGUCACCCCUGUCCGAUAUCGAUGAGAACCUUGCUGCAGAAGUUGAGGCCGAACACCAACGUAACCUCAACUCCGCCUUGUAUGAACCAGAGGACGAGACCGAGCAAUCUGUUUUCCGCAACCCCGCACAGCGAGCUCGACGUCUGAGACUUCUUCAGCCAGAUUCCGUUACCACCCUUUCCAACGCACAAAUCAAGGAGCAGCAAGAGAGCCAUGAUAAGAUUCUCCGACCUCAAUCCUUCCUUCCCCGAGACCCUGAACUCUUAGCUCUUAUCGAAAUGCAAAGGAAUGGCGGAUUUGUCUCGAAUAUAAUGGGUGAAGGCCGAAGUAUGGGAUGGGCACCAGAACUCCGAGGAAUGCUCUCAUUAGACGCCGUCCGAAAGACUGGUGAGCUCAAGCGAAAGCGCGAUAGUGGUAUUGCAGAUAUGGAUAGUGGUGAUGAGCAAGGUCCUUCAAAAUCCCCACGCCUUGAUCUCGGCGAGGAAGAAGAUCUUGGUGCAGAACUUAGCGGUGCUGGUUUGGACAACCCAAGCAACACCAUUGGCCCGGACGGAACAAUCAUCGAGAUGGCUGGUGAUGGUGAAUUCAUGAUGAACAUGGACGACGAUGCACCAUCCCCCGGCCCCAACUUCGACGAAACCACCGCACCUCUCGUACACCCUGCCGACAGCGGCCCUGUCUCCCUCGGCACCAAGCACGCAGUCCACCUCCUCCGUGACCGUUUCGGCGCCGAAGCAGCAAGCAGCCCCGACAAGCGCAAGAAAGCCAGCGUUCUCUUCCAAGACCUCCUCCCCGAAGCCACAACCAGCCGCGCCGACGCAACAAAGAUGUUCUUCGAAGUUCUCGUCCUCGCAACAAAAGACGCUGUCAAAGUCGAACAACAAGAGGCCUUACUUGGUGGUCCCAUCCGUGUCCGUGGCAAGAGAGGCCUGUGGGGUGACUGGGCCGAGCGGGAAGCUGGUGGUGAGAUCGCAGAAGAGGAAGCUGGUCCUAGCAACGGUCUCGAGGCAUCGACUGCCGUUGCUGUAGCUGCAUAAUUCACUUUGCUUCUUUGGCUUGCCUUGGAUAGAAUUCUUGUACAAGUAUAGUCUGGAUUUACAUUAAUCAAUGCCUGUUGGGAUAUGGAAAACGGCGAGAGAUGGCGUGAUGGCGUUGAGGAGCAGACGCUGGCUGACGGCUUUCUUCUUUUGGUGGAUAUUUGAUUGGACUGCGGCAUGGAUCAUUGAGGCGUUUACGAUAUCCUUCUUCUAGUUGAGCAUUGCGUUCCUAAGGGAGAUGGGAGAAUAGUGAGAUAGCUGAGGAAGCAAUGCAAACCCUGAUAAGCCCGUAAAUGCUACGUUCUACCUGACCUGUGU